UUCAUGUCAUGCCUCCAUAAGCCAAAAAAGAUCUUCGUGUUCUGUCUUUCUCUCUUUCUCUUUUUUGGUUUUUGACUCAAAACUGUUAUUUUCUUCGUAAGAGAUGGAGCUAGCGUUAUGUCUAGGCGAAAAUACGAACAAAUUAUCUUUUUUGGAGAAGCCCUCAAAGAUUAAUAAUCCCUCUGCCUCGUCGACCUCGACUUCCGACAAAAAUCGUGGGUUCUGCAUGAGUUUAGAUGUUGGUUUUGAUGGUCACAAAUCGUUGUCACCCUCUUCGUUAUCUCCGUCGUUAGAAGAUGAGAAGAAGAAACUGGCACCGAGAGCAAAGAAUUCUGAUGGAAUUAGGGUUUCGUCUUCCGUAGAUCCGUCAUUACAGCUUCAGCUUCACUUUCCUUGGCUCCCUGAGAACAGUCGGCAAGGAGGAAGAAUGCUCCCAGUAGCAGCUGAGGUGGCGGAGGAGGAAGAGGAGGAGGAGGAGGAGGAGGAGGCGGUGCCUAGUAUGUCACUGUCGCCACCCAAUAGCGUAACGUCGUCGUUUCGGUUGGACUUUGGUAUUAAGAGUUAUGGUUAUGAGAGAAGAAGUAAUAAGAGAGAUAUCGAUGAUGAGGUUGAGAGAUCUGCUUCAAGAGCCAGCAACGAAGACAACGAUGACGAAAACGGAACCCCAAGGAAGAAACUAAGACUCUCUAAAGACCAAUCUGCUUUUCUUGAAGACAGUUUCAAAGAGCACAGCACCCUUAAUCCUAAGCAGAAGAUUGCGUUGGCGAAGCAGUUAAAUCUUCGUCCUCGCCAGGUUGAAGUUUGGUUUCAAAACAGACGAGCCAGGACAAAGCUGAAGCAAACGGAAGUGGACUGUGAAUACUUAAAGAGAUGCUGUGAGUCACUAACCGAAGAGAACCGAAGGCUUCAGAAAGAGGUUAAAGAAUUGAGAGCCUUGAAGACGUCUUCUCCUUUGUACAUGCAACUUCCGGCCACCACUCUCACUAUGUGCCCUUCUUGCGAACGCGUUGCCACCUCAGCACCACAGCCCUCCACGUCAGCUGCACACAACAUCGGUUUGUCCACAUCAUCAUUUCACAGUCCUUUGAUUCCGGUUAAGCCUCGACCGGCCAAACAGGUGUCAUGAAAGCAAUUGCGAAAUAAAUGGUUACCGUAUUCACCAAUACAGUUUGAGCAAAUGGUCGAGUGGUAAUUGAGUCUUCUUGUGUAUAUUAUAAGGUUUAUUUUCCAUAAUGUUUGGGACCGUCUCCUAUUUUGAAAGACGACUAGACCGAAUUAUCCGGUUAGAGUUUUGUUUCUCUGGAUCUGUUUUGGCAUUGUGUUUCUUUGGAUAGGACUGAGUUAAAAAUAGGUGGAGGAAAAGGGUUUGACAUGUUUAUUUAUUGAGCGAAAGACAAAUUUUAUUUAAAAAAGAAAGACAAACAAAAAGAAAAAAAGGAAAGAAACAAAAA